UCUGGUCACUGGUGUGGCUGUGGCUGUGGCGUCACGCAAGCCUACCAAAAAGCAAAGCUUGGGGAUUUCUUCCACCUCUGUUUCUUUUCUUCCUCUUGCUUUUCUCCGCUUCUGAACCUUCCUUCCUUCUCGCCCUCUUCCUCCUCUCAGCGAGCUCUCCCAGAAGCAAUCGACUCUUCUUCUUCUUCUUCUUCUUCUUCUUCUUGUUCACGAGCAGGCCGGAGCAAGCAAUCGAGCUCGCACCAACUCUGCCGGCCGGACGGACGGACCGGGCAGGGGAUAGGAUCUGAAGAAGCUUCAGAGAUUAGAUUGACCAUCUGCAUGCAUACCAGAGGGCUUGUUCAGGGAACAAACCAAAAUAUCCUUCCUUCGGGUACUGAUGGAAAUAUUCAGACCAGACAAGUCGAUCCAUCCAUCCAUCCAUCUUGGGGUUGUCCGGUCCAGUCGACGUGAUCGAUCGAGCUCCAUGAUGAAUGUGCUCUCCAGCGGCCACCCCCAGAACCUGCGCAUGAUCCAUCACCACCAUCAACACGACAUUUUAUUAUUAUGUCCACGGCGGAGCACCAUCAACGCACAUCCUCCUAGCCGCACGAGGAGGCCAUCUUCAGGCUCCUUCCGCCGCGGCGCCGUCGUCCCGGUCAGGGCCGUCGCCGACGACGGCGGCGAAUCCAGCAGCGGCAAAGACGACGACGACGAAGAGAAGCCAAGAAAAGACGACGACGAGGGCACGUCGUCGGCGUCGGCGUCGAGGCGGAACCGGGAGGAGUUGGAGCGGCUGGUGGGGGCGCCGGACGACGACGGCUUCAGCGGGCUCGACCUGGCCACGCUCAUCCGGAAGCGCUACGGCCGGAGCUACGACGUGACGCUCAUCCGGAAGCAGUUCAUGGGGCGGAGCCUGCUGGCGAUGAACGUGAUGUGGAAGUACCGGGAGCAGCGGUCCUUCCCGCUGACGGAGGAGGAGUACCUGCUCCGCCUCGACGACGUGGCCAACACGCUCCGCUCCUGGGGCGCCGUCGCCCACGUCCGCAACUCGCUCGAGACCACCAAGGACCGCCCCCGCAUCGGCAAGGCCGUCAGCAUCUUCAUCGACGUCGACUCCGCCGGCGGCGGCAAGCGCUCCGACGAGUGGAUCUACAAAUGAACUACUACUUGACACCAUUCAGCAACGCAACGCAACUCCUAGACUAAGUGACAUUGCAGGGAAUGAAGCGAUGCCUUGGGCUGCUACUCCUAGACUUGUUUCGUUCGCAGCGUUGCAUGCAUAGACUAAUGCAAAAACAACCGUACUUUAUAAGUUAAAUGCAUGACUCGCUUAUGUGGUAAA